AUGGUAGAUGACAUUCUUAUCCAAAUCGGCCUAGUCCUCCUCGUCGUCGUCACCUUCCUCUUCAUCCACAGCGUUCCCCAGAAAGUCCUCGCCACCCUCCGCCUCCGCCUCAAAAGCAAAUCCGGCAUCCAAUCCAAGCGCCACUUCGUCCUCGGCGCCCAGCUCCUCGCCCAAGCCAGAUCCGCCUCCUCCAAGUCCUCCGCCGCCUCCCUCUCCAAGCAAGCCCUCGACGAAGCCGACAAGGCCAUCGCCCUCGAUCCCAAAGACGCCGCCGCUCACAUCCUCAAAGCCCUCGCUCUCGACGUCCAGGGCUUCAAGACCUCCGCCCUCGACGCCAUCGACGUCGCCCUCUCCCCACUCUGCCGCAAGAGCCUCGUCGACGAAGAGCGCGGCGACGCGCUCCUCAAGCGGGCCGAGAUUAAGAUGUCCAUGAACCGACCCGCCCGGGUUGACUCGGUCAUCGAGGAUUUGACUCUCGCCGUGAAGCUGAGCCCUGAAAACGCCAAGGCGUUUUGCUCGUUGGGAGAGUGCUAUGAGGGGAAGAAGAUGACGGAGGAGGCCAAGAAGGCUUACGAGGAGGCUCUGAAGCUUCAUCCACGGUUCGCCGCCGCGAAGGAGGCACUGGACCGCCUUGGUUCGUCGUAG